CCCAUCCUUUCGACAUCAAGUUCACAUCGAGGAAGCAAAAAACCCUAGAAAGCCCCCUUCCCUCUGUUUCUACUUCUACACGCCAAGCCAAGAUUCAAAGCACAUAAAUUUGUAUUUGUGUUAAAAAACCAACACAUUUCUUUUAUCUUUUUCAAAUUUCCUUUUUUCUUCUUCUCGUCUUCGUUUAUUUUCAGGUUACAGCGACGAGUUGAGAGAAGCACUGGUUUCGGGGGACCUAUUUUGUUCAUUUUCGAAAUAUCCAAUUCUUGAUAAUCGACCGAUUGAUCAGUGGAAGGUUACGGAGUUGAAAGAAGAGCUUAAGAGACGGAAAUUAACCAUCAAGGGCCUGAAGGAAGAUUUGAUAAAACGGUUGGAUGAAGCACUUCGAAUUGAAAGGGAAAAUGCCGAGGAAACCAAUGGUGUUGAGGGUGGUGACCCUCCACUUACAGAUACUGCCAACGACCAAGAACAUGUAUCUAUUGUUUCUCAAACAACGCAAGAAACAAAUGAAGAUGCUAACAAGGUUGAGAAGAAGGUAGACGAUGUUGAAGUUCAGGUCGACAAGAAUGAUGGUACUGCAGCGGUGGGCAAAGGGAAACUUCAAGAUGGGGUUAGUCUCAAUGGUUCUCCUAGGGUGGAAGAGGGGUCGGCUAUCCAUGUCACUACUCUGGAAACUAAAGUUACUGUGACUGAAACUGUGGUUUCCGAAGUAGCAUUAAGUGAGGAAGCUUUACCGAACAUUGAAAGCAAGGAUAACGAGGAUUCAAAGCUCCAGUCGGAGAUUGGGGAUUCAAAGUUCCAGUUGGAGAUUGAGGAUUCGAAGCCCCAGCUGGAAACUGAGGAUACGAAGCCCCAGCUGGAAACUGAGGAUACAAGGCCUCAGCUGGAAAGUGAGGAUUCAAAGCCCCAGCUGGAAAGUGAGGAUACAAAGCCCCAGCUGGAUGAUGUGAAUUGUGAGCCCCAGGUGGAGAAUGAGAAUUUGAAGUCUCAACAUGCAGAUCCCAUGCACUACUCUUCUGCUCCAGACGACCAGGUAUCUGAGGUCAGCCCUGUUUUAGGGUCUCAAGUAAGAACUGAUUCUAUUUCUACUGAUUCUGUGACAAUUAAUGAAAUGAUUGAACUAAAGGAAAAUAUAUCUGCUGACCAUGUGAAAUUAGAACUAGAUGUUAAGCAGGAGAUGGUGGAACCAUCAUCCAGCAUUAUUGUCCCAGAUUCUGGUGAAUCACAUCCAAUGGAUGUUGAAGAGCCACCUGUGAACAAGAAUGUUGAAGAGUCACCUGCAAACAGAGAUGUUGUGGAGUCACCCAUGAACAAAGAUGUUGUAGAACCCCUUGUGAAUAAAGAUGUUGAUUCACCUGUGAACAAAGAUGUUGAGGAGAAACAUGAUGUUAAGGGCAUGAUUUCUGAACUUCACAAGAAACACGAUGGUGUAGAUGCGGGGUUCUCUGAAAAGUUAAAUUUAGAUAGAAGUUCUGGGGAUGAUUCAAUGGAAGAUGCUAUAGAGAAUAAGACUGAUUCGGGGAAUAAUCCUGAAGAAAUGGGAGAGAAGAAUAUAAAAAGUGAGGAGCCUAUAUCCAAAGAGGAAAAGUUUGCAGACAUUGCAGUGCGUGGCUCAACUGCAGACAAAAAGAAUCUUGAUAUAGAGAAUGAUGUUUCAUCUUCGCCUGCUGAAAAAAGAAAGCUUCAUGCCUGCAAACUUGAUUCUCGGGAGACGACACAAACAGAAGGAACUUUUAUGGAUCCAGCAGUGGUUGGAAAUAACGAGUCCGUAAAGAGACAGCGCAGGUGGAAUGCUGAAAACCUAAAAAUUCCAGAGCCACAAAAUGCUUCUCACACAUCCACUAGUAACUCAAAGGACCCUCAUCAAUCCACUGCUCUGAAACGCAACUUCUCCAGAUCUGACUCCACAGUUAGUGAAGAUCCAUCGAAGGAACGUGUUGUUCCACCAUCACCAAAACCUCCCACAAAUUCACUAAGAAUUGAUCGAUUUCUACGUCCAUUUACCCUCAAAGCUGUGCAAGAACUUUUGGGCAAGACUGGUAACGUCACCAGUUUCUGGAUGGAUCACAUCAAGACGCAUUGCUAUGUAACUUACUCAUCCGUUGAAGAAGCAAUGAAAACUAGAGAUGCUGUUUACAACCUGCAAUGGCCACCAAAUGGUGGGCGCCUUCUCAUGGCUGAGUUUGUUGAUCCUCAAGAAGUAAAGAUUCGAGUGGAAGCUCCACAGACACCUACACCUGCAGCAGUUGCUCCACCGGUCUCUACCGUGCCCCCACCCUUGCAUCCUGAGCCUUCACCCCGUCAAACAAGGCAGCAACUUGCUCCACCACCUUCUCUUCCCCCACCCCCACCCACAAACAACCUUGCUCAAACAAGGGAGCAGCUUCCACUUCCACCCCCGCCUGCACUUCCUGAUAAAGUCGAUACUCCCAUUGUCACCCUAGACGACCUCUUCAGGAAAACCAAAGCAACUCCUCGCAUCUACUAUUUACCUUUAUCUGAUGAACAGGUGCAGGUAAAACUUUCAGCAGCAAGGGGAAAAGACCACACAAAGUAGUAGUUCGAGAUGUGUUGUAUUCAUGCUGCUGUCGCCCUGUGGAUUCCUUAGCAAGUUUAGAUUAUGCAAAGGUAAAAAAAAAAAGCAUAGAGAGGGCAUGUUUGAGUGUCUUUAGUGCUUGCAGGGAGGAUAUGUUGUAGCUGAAAAUGGUGGGUUUUUAAAUAGAAUCUGAUGGUAGGUUUUGUUGCACAUUAAUUAGGAUAUCCUUAAGAUUCACUUCUUGAAAUGGAUUACUUUGUAUUUGGUUAUGUAAUCAUGUUUCUUUUCAUUCGGAACAAAAAACAUACGAUGAGUUAGAUUUGUAGUAUCUUGUGGAGGCUUUCCUCAAAUUUCAUGACGCUAACCUCUUCCAUCUGAUCUCAGCUACUGUGCUUUUGACUCUUAUAAAUGGACAUCUUUUCCAUUUGUUUGUUA